ACACGGCUAGUUGAAAAUAAUAAUAUAUUAAAUAUUUGCAGCCACCCCUAAUGUCAUCAGUCCAUCAGUAACCUUGGCAAGGAAAAGACACGUAAAAAAUUAGUAGCAUUGACAUCGGUUUGAGUCACAACGAGCCAUGACGUCCUUCGCAGUAGGGGCAGCCUUACUGUUUUUCGUCUCCUUCCUCGUGGACAAAUCAUCCCCUGAUUGUGUGUGUCCCCCAGCUGCGAAAGUCUCCGUCGACGACUAUGGGGGCAAGGAACUUCAUUUUUGUAAAUUGGAAGGAGACGAUUGCAAGAAAACUCUCUUCAAAUGCUCUGGACCCGACCAACCAGCCGUUCGAGUUCAGGAUUGCAAGAAGUGCCAAACCGUGUAUAGCAGUGAUGGACCCUUCAAGAUUAAAUGUGAAAACGAAACUGAGUUCCAUGUAUCGAAGAAGUUCUAAUAAAUUUUGAGGUCUGUCUCAAUUUAUGCUUUCAAUUAAUAAAUAUUGAAUUAAAUAUGAAUUUUAGUAUUCAAACUUACAUACUCUUCUCAAUUUUGUCAUGAGUAUAAUCCUACACUCUUAACCCAAUAAUUAGCUAAACCCCUUUAAUGUAAACCAAAUUAAACCCGAGUAAAACCCAGUUGACAUUGUAAACCAUGGGCUUUAUUCAUUAAACCCCAACCCUGGGUUCGGAAUACCCUGCAUAUUCAUAAGUAGUUGCCGUUAAGUAUGUACAUACCUAUAUAAGAAUGCAACAGUCACCUCUUAAAUGAAAUAAAUUUACAUAAUCUGCAACAAUUCAAUAUAUCUAUUUAUGAAAAUAAAAAAUGUAAAGGCUCAUAAA